AUGGAGGUGCAGCUUUUCACCAUGACCUGCAGCGUCUUGCUGCUAUUGGCUUCACCAUUCAACAUGGCACAGCGAACAAAUCGAAAAGUCUGCCUGCUGAUACCAAUCAAAGGGCCCUGUAAGGCCUCAAUCCGUUAGUAUUUUUACAACAUAAUUUUUAAGACUUGUGACCAUUUCAAAUACAGUGGCUGUGAUGGUAAUGGAAAUAACUUUCGCACUGUGAGUGAAUGCGCGCUGUAUUGUCAAGGAGCCAACAAAGUUCCUAAAGCGUGCAGGUUGGAGGCAGAUUCAGGACCAUGCCGUGCUUACCUUGAGAGAUAUUUCUACAACUUUACAACAGGACAAUGUGAGGAAUUUGUGUUUGGUGGUUGCUUUGGAAAUGAGAAUAAUUUCAAAGACAUUUCAUCUUGCCAGAAUGAGUGCAAGCCAAUAUCGGUUUUACCCUCCUUCUGUACCAAGCCCAAAGAUAAGGGAACUUGUGCAGCUGAUAUCCUACGGUUUUACUUCAACGAUGAGAAAGGGAUCUGUGAGACAUUCAAUUACUCUGGCUGUGGCGGAAAUGACAAUAACUUCAUUUCUCUGAAUGAUUGCCAAAAGAUUUGUCAACCACGUGACCGAAAACCAGUGAAAAGCAAGGUUCCUGUGACACCACGUUAUAAGAUAAUUAAAUUAAAAGGAAGAAAGCAGUUUUUAAGAAAUCAAAAGAGGGAAACUUAAAUGUUGAUCGCUCUUAGCAAGAAGGUCCAAGUCAAGUGUCCUUAUUUUCCACCUUGGUUUAAAAUCUAGACUGAGAUCAACAUUUUCUCCAUAUCUUUGAACAUCAGACGAGGAGAUGCAAGCAAAAUCUAAUCUCCCAAAAUAUUCUGAGUGUAAAGGGUUUUUUUUUUCAGAUUAUGCUUUUGUUGCAUUUAUUAUGGUGUUACUCAUUUUGCUAAGAUAAUGUUUUAAUAACAACAGGAAACUAAAGAAAGGAAGGAUUUAAUGGAUCAUUAAAUGGAUCAUUUCUCAUUCUACUUAUUUUUACAAUAUUCUGGUGGAAUCUGUUUAGUGUUAGAUACCAUACAUUUAAAUGCUGGCAAUGGGACUAGAUUUAUUUAGAAUAUCUGGUCACAUGGAAACAGACCCUUUGGUUCAACUGAUCCAUGCCAACCAGAUACUCUAAAUAAAUC